AUGGCCGCCACCGAAGAAGAGAUUGGCAGAAUUGGCCGAAAGCUAGAGAAGAUAAUCCACCGCAAAGACUCUACGAGUUCCGUCCAGGCCCUUGACCUUUUGCGAUUGCUGCAAAAAUUGCCCAUCUCACUAGCGCUAAUUCAGCGUACACGCAUCGGUCUAAUAGUAAACAAUCUAAGAAAGUCCAUCUCUGAUGAAGAGGUGUCCUCGCUCUCAAAACUACUGAUCAAAAACUGGAAAAAGUUACUAGAGAAAGACAACAAACCGUCUCCUGGAGAGAAUGGUGAAAAGGAGAAGAACGGCGUUCACGAUACGACAGAAUCAAGUCAAGGGUCAAUCAACUCUAAGAGUAGCAAUGGCGCGAUAAACGACUCUAAAUCAAAAUUCAACAACGGCAACGGCAGCAGUAGCUCUUCAAAGUCGAAUCAACAGCCAGCCAGCAGUUCAUCCUCGUCAACAAAGACGUCCUCCUCCUUUCAGUCUCUAAGACAAUCAACGUUCCCAUCCGCUAACGUUACUACUGAUUCAAUUCGCCUCAAGUGCCGAGAAAUGCUCACCAAUGCCCUUAAACCUGACGCAGCGCUGAUCGAAUCGGUGGGCGGUGAGGGUAGCGGGUUCUACGAUCCCGAACAAUUAGCCUCUCUCAUUGAAGAGGCCAUUUAUAAGGAGUUCAAGGAUACCAACACCAAGUACAAGAAUCGCGUCCGCUCUAGGGUCUCUAACUUGAACGACAAAAAGAACCCUGAUUUGAAGAUCAACGUGCUCAGAGGUUCCAUUACACCAGCGAAGAUUGCUGUGAUGACUGCAGAGGAAAUGGCAUCGAAUGAGAUGAAGUCGCUGAGGCAAAAGUUCACCAAGGAGGCAAUUGACGACGCACAGAUGGUGCUAACCGGCGGCACCAAAACUGAUCUUCUCAAAUGUCCAGCCUGUAAGAAGAACAACUGUACAUACAAUCAGGUGCAAACUCGAAGCGCCGAUGAGCCGAUGACUACCUUUUGCUACUGCAACGAGUGUGGCAAGCGAUGGAAGUUCUGUUGA